ACGGUUCCGCGCUUGCGCGGGCGACGGUCUGUGGAUUGCUCUCUUCUAGCUGGUUGCGGCGUUACCCUGCUGAGCUACGCGAUGCGGAGGCUGCAGGUGGUGCUGGGUCACCUGAACCGCCAGCCCGCUUCGGGCCCGGAGCCGGCGCCGCGGGCCGCUCCAUGUUGGAGCGGCGCUCCGCGGAAGUCGGCGGAGGAUGUAGUGGUGGUGCACGGGCGGCGCACGGCCAUUGGCCGAGCGGGCCGCGGCGGCUUCAAGGACACCACCCCCGACGAGCUUCUCUCCGCCGUCAUGACCGCGGUUCUCCAGGACGUCAAGCUGAGCCCGGCCCAGCUGGGAGAUAUUUGCGUGGGAAACGUGCUUCAGCCUGGGGCCGGAGCAUUAAUGGCCCGAAUUGCCCAGUUUCUGAGUGACAUCCCAGAGACCGUGCCUUUGUCAGCUGUCAACAGACAGUGUUCGUCGGGGCUCCAGGCGGUGGCCAGCAUAGCUGGUGGCAUCAGAAAUGGGUCUUAUGACAUUGGCAUGGCUUGUGGGGUGGAGUCCAUGUCCCUGGCCGACAGAGAGAACCCUGGAAAUGUUACCUCUCGCUUGGUGGAGAAGGAGGCGGCCAGAGGUUGCCUGAUUCCUAUGGGGAUAACCUCAGAGAACGUAGCCGAGCGGUUUGGCAUUUCGCGGGAGAAGCAGGAUGCCUUUGCACUGGCUUCCCAGCAAAAGGCAGCCAGAGCCCAGAGCAAGGGCUGUUUCCAAGCCGAGAUUGUGCCUGUGACCACCACAGUCCGUGAUGACAAGGGCACUGAGAGAAGUGUCACCGUGGCCCACGAUGAGGGCAUCCGCCCUGAUACCACCCUGGAGGGCCUGGCCAAACUGAAGCCUGCCUUUAAGAAGGGGGGCUCUACCACAGCUGGAAACUCUAGCCAGGUGAGUGACGGGGCAGCUGCCAUCCUGCUGGCCAGAAGGUCCAAGGCAGAAGAGUUGGGCCUUCCCAUCCUUGGGGUCCUGAGGUCCUACGCAGUGGUUGGGGUCCCGCCUGACAUCAUGGGCAUUGGACCUGCCUACGCCAUCCCUGUAGCUUUGCAAAAAGCAGGGUUGACGGUGGAGGACGUGGACAUCUUUGAGAUCAAUGAGGCCUUCGCAAGUCAGGCGAGCCCCUGUUUUGCAUUGUUGCCUGGGCUGCCCAGUUGGAGGCGGCGGGCAAGUGGUGCGGGGGACUGGGGAGGGAGCUACAGCUGACGCUCAGCCUCCCUCCAGGCUGUCUACUGUGUGGAGAAGCUGCAACUGCCCCCUGAGAAGGUGAACCCUCUGGGGGGUGCGGUGGCCUUGGGCCACCCGCUGGGCUGCACUGGGGCGCGACAGGUCAUCACGCUGCUCAAUGAGCUGAAGCGCCGCGGGAGGCGGGCAUAUGGGGUGGUGUCCAUGUGUAUCGGGACCGGCAUGGGAGCCGCCGCCGUCUUCGAGUACCCUGGCAACUGAAGGAGGCCCAGCCCGGUGCUCUGGCAGCAGCGCUACAGACGUGACACCUGCGGAGUUCCAGCACCGGUGGUAGUGGCAAAUCAAGGCACUUCAGCUAAGCUGGCAAAUGUGAACACUGAUGAGACAGUACAGGAGUGGGUGAGGCGU